AUCGACGCUUCAACGGUGCGUGGCCUCGUUUCCAUGGCAGAUAUGAUUCACUUUCUUUGUUAGAAAGACUGAAAAGGUGAAGCAAAGGUGUCCAAAAAACGCCAUGUUUUAUCAUCCAAUUGUUUAAUCCAGUCUUCAUUAAGUGAAAUGUAGUCAUCUACAUUUAAUAAUGCGUAAAUUCAGUAGGAGAAGCAGAGUACUUUGGUACGAAUUCUGUGGUUGUUGUUGAUAGUUUAGAACGCAUGGCUGAGUUUCAAAACCAACCGCCUGGCAGAUCAAGAACUUGUAGCUCUGCUUUCAAUGAUGACACGCUAUCAGAUGUGUCUACUAGCAAAGACAUGAGUGAUGCUUUACGUAGAGUUCAUGGUAAGGAAGCUUACGAGACUUACAAAAGAUUACAGUCUGACUAUGACGAGCUCCUCACUAAAUAUGCACAAGCUGAAAACACCAUUGAUCAACUUAGAAUUGGAGCAAAACUAAACUUAUAUAGUGAUCUUCCUCCUCCUCAAAAAAGCUCAUUUGUAACUGURUCUGGAGGGAAACAGCCACACGUGUUUAACUUUCAAAGACCAAGCCAAGCAACUCUUAGUUCACCCGCAAGUAACGUAGUAACAGUCCAGUCGAAUGGAACGAACAACCGAAGCAGUCCGGAAUCGGACAAAAUAGAAUCGGAUUUGCUGACACCACAAGUGCGAGCGGAAGGAAUAAGAGCAGCUUUAAUGUUCAAAAUACCAACUUUACAAGAAAAUGUAGAAGAUUUACAAGGGCACGUAACAGAUGGGCAAUGGGGACAGAAUGAAUUACUAGAACUACARGAUGUGUGUAAUCAACUAGCGCGGCAACAUGAGCACAURAAACACGAACUCAUACAAGCCAAACAACUAGAACAAGACAGCACGGGUAUUGACGGGAACUUAAGUUCUGAUGUUGGUGAUUUYCUUCAUGAAGAUGACCUUGAAGGCCAGUUAUACAGAUUAGGAUUACGAUUAGAUGAAAUUAAUGAACAAAUUGAUCAGAAUUUACACCAUUUUUCUAAUGAUAGUGAUUCAACAGUCACAAACAGAAUAUCAAGUCUACCUAAAGAGCCUGCCAAACAAGAGCAAAUGGAUCCAGAACUGAGUGAUUUAAUGAGGAGGUUAAGAGAUGUGAAAGAAUCUGCUAAAAAUGAUGAUGCUUUAUCAAGGAGCGCUAACAGCCUAGCAGACGUGGAAGACUUAGAAUACAACGAAGCAAAUGGGGUUCAGAGAGGACAAGAUGAUUUUACUUUAGGUAAAUGAUGAAACUUCUGUWCAGCCUAUCGAAUGAUAUUCUUGUUGUGAAAUUUUGAUUAAAAAAGAAUAAAAUUAUUGAACAAAAGAUAUAAUGAGAAGCAAAAUGAGGAUUCAGUUAAAACGGAAAUGGUAAGAAAAUGCAUACAAAAAAGAGUUUAAGCUGUUACAAUAAAUUCAAAACAAAUUAAGGGAAAACAACAAAAAGAGGAUGUAUGUUAAAACACAGAACAAAGCAGUGGGAAUUAGUGAAUAAGUUAGUUUAACCACGGCGACAAYUUUCYUUUUUUAUCCRUGUAGGUUGUUUGACUUAAUUAAAGUAAUCGUGUAUAUUUUAUAAGAAAA